AUGGACCAAUUUGAGGAUCUUCCGUUAGGUUCACGGCUGGACGACCUGUUAAGAAAAAUUGACGAUGCUGAGGAUGAACCAGAGGAUGUCUUUGAUUAUUCCUCGUUUAUUCGGCAACGUCGAAUGCAUUCUGACGACGCUCUUGAGGAGUCCGAAGCGAGAGUAGAGGUUCUCGAUCCAAAUACUCUUGAAAAGACUGAAACCCUUGCUGAUAACGUCUCUGAAGCUGUUGAGGAAGCCGUUGAAGUGAUUGGGGGCUCCGGCAUGGAAAAUGUUGUGCCUGAAGUAGCCACCACUCCCGAAACAACCAGCGAGCCCAGCGAGCCCAACGACCCUGUUGAGCCUGACAGUGAUGCAGUCAGUCCAAUGGCUCAAUUGAAGCCUUCACCGGUACUUGAUGGCCCCACAGAUGAUGCUCUGCGUCGUGAAAUGUACGCGGAAGGCUUGGCUCCUCCCUCUCCUGAAAGGACUAUAUCUUCGCAGAGCGCUAGAAAGCCCACCAAGAAAGCAUUACAAGAAAUUGCUCAGGCAAACCAACGCUAUGAGCGUCAAAUGGAUCUGGAAAUUGGUACAAAGACGAAGGGCUCGGCAACGGUUGACAGUUUCCUGGCCAUGCUUGAUGAUGCAAGCGACGAAACCCAUAACACCGCUUCUUCGCCACCUACAUCACCAAUCACACCAAAACCAAACGAAAAGGGACACAAAGUUUUGCUCUCAAGUCCUCCGACUGCGCAACGGCUCGCCAGUUUUGUAAGAAAGUCGAUUGAUCGUGUCAUGUACCAAGAUGCUAGUGAUCUUGAAGUGAUCCCGGAAUCUACAAAGCAGAAAACCUCGAAACCUCUUCGCCAAAUGUUAUCUUUUUCGCGACAUGGUACGACCGAUUCGUUACUUCAAAAGCCAGCACAAAACCUAAUGGCUAGGCUGCAGGACCAACUUCGGAAGCAGACGAUUUCAAAGCGGGCUCAAAAAAUUAAAGAGCUGCAGGAUCGUGGCAUAGAAAUUCGUACUGAACAGGAGACCGCUAAGGACAAUGAAGAAGUUGAGACGCUUUUGGAAAGAGAGCAGCGUGCGGCAGAUGAGUUGCGUCAAUUGGAAAAAGGUGAAGCGGACAGAGUGUUUGACGACUCUGAUGUGGCCGAGAGUGAUAUCGCUGAAAGCGACAUCGAGGGCGACGAUCUGGUAUUUUCUGGAUCUGAAGACGAGCUUGAAGACAAUGAAGACGAAAGUGGCGGCUCAGUACGAAGGGUUGCAGUUUUAAGUGACAGCGAGGACGAAACAGAAGAGUCCGAGGCCACUAGCAAAGCUCCCACUGCCCAUCUUGCUGCAAUUGGCAGGAAAGCUGUAACAGAGUCUACGCAGGUGAUUGAGGAGCCCAAUCUAGACGUUUUGCAACGGAUCAAAGAGCAAGCUGAAGCCAUUGCAGCUGCACAAAGUUCGCAGGAAGUCUCUACUCAGUCGAGCGAAAUGGGAGAACUCAGUGAGUUAGACGAGUUUGAACAAGAGGAGCCGCACCGUGAGUUCGGGAACACUGUUCAGCCGAAAGAGCCUGAUUUCAGUGACCUUAAAAACACCAAUCUUUCAGCCUCCCAGGAAAUGAGGGAACUUCGACGCAGGUACGAAAGAGCCCAUGUCAAUGACCUGAUCACACCAUUCGUGGAAGAUGAAGCUCAGGAAAGUGACGAUGAGUGGGCUGGUCUUGGUGGACGAAGCGAUGAGGAGCCGGACGUUGGAGAUGUCGAGGGUCUUGUCGAUGAUACAACUGUCGAAGUAAAGGAUGACCAAGUGCAACAGCUCCAUUUAGAAAAAGAAAAGGAGCGGGACCUUGAGCUUGUGAAUCGCCUUGUGGAUGACGUCCAUGGCGGUUGGAGACGAAAACGCGCUGGUCGUGGCCUGCUCGAAGGAUUUAGUGAUGAUGAAAGCGACGAGGAAACGAGUGCUGCGCGACGGGACGCCCGCGAGAAACGGAAGCGUGCCAAACUACUGGAGGACUCCUCGGCAGUAGCCAAGCUAGCUGCGAACCAACGUACUCGCGCAUUUAUCGAGACGAUUGCAGAAGACAUCAGCAUGCGGCCGCAACGGCAGGCAGCAGUCAAACCAAAUUUGGCGAGCGUACAAGAAACGUUGCAGUUCCUACGGGCGGAUGACGAGACGCCGGAUGAUCUGCCUGAAGUCGGCGUCAAGGCGCUCCCCCGUGCUACCAUUACUGUGCUUUCUGCUCGUCGACACAGCUCAGCAGCUCAAUCGGAUACCACGCGAGCAGCUCGGAUCUCUGCUGUCGAAACGGGUGUCAGAUCGGUUGAAAUCGUAAAAAGUUUGCAUGCGGCGGCUCAACCGAAACCGCGGCGAGUGCCCAAGCUCGUUGCACCACAGGAGCCAGCAAGGAAGCCGGUCAUCACUGCCUCGAAGGCCGCUAACCGUCUUUUCCAACGUAAUUGGAGUUAG